CACAGUAAGUGUAUCCUGUUGCCAACCCAUUGCGCAGCUGCAAACAGUGUUAUUCCUAAAUCUGAGCUGGAAUGUCCUGCUGCCAUGAGCUCAUUACCCAAGGAGCAAGACAAUGGAACAGGCGUACAGUACAGCUUCCCGACUGCGAUGGAUUUGCGUUUGUGGAUUGGCCAUUUCGGUCUAUUCACUGUAUGUCAAAAUGAAACUGAAGGAGGAUAAGAACUAUAGGCCAAUGUGCGAUGUAAAUGAAAAUAUAAGCUGCUCGCUAGUUUUUAAAUCGGGCUAUGGUGAUGGCUUUGGUCUGGCUAACAUAACCCAAGUAAAUGCGCCCAACGGAGCCAUCGGUUGUGUAUUUUAUAUUCUGUACUUCCUGAGUACUUUCUUUAAUCAUCGUUGGCUGUGCGUGGUCCAAUUGAUCAUAUGCACUUUGACAUUACUUCUCUGCGUUUAUCUGGGUUUCCUGCUGCUUUUCGUUUUUUACGAUUGCUGUUUGGUGUGCGUGACCAUCUAUUUCAUACACACAUGGCUCUUUCAGGAAGUCCUUAGGCGAUAUAGACGGCUUUAUAUGUAAGAUUUGUUAACAACAAUGUUAAGACACGAUAAGCUGAAAUUAUGAAGAUAAAUCCCUGAGAUGAGCUACUAACCAGUGAGUUAUUUUAAACUGUCAACGUGCCAUGGCGAAUAUCUCAAUCUUCAUCAGUCGUUUUUUGACCCACACGUCUGGCUAAAAGCAGGAUGCUGAGCCGGCAUCUACCAUUCCAACUCCCAUGACCAAGCACGUAGUGGGGCAAUUAAUUCUGCACGUUCCCAUUUGCCGGCGAAGGCUGUGAUCUGUGAUCCAUAAUCCGCGAAUGGCGCUACUGCCAAGUGAAGUUAACCAAGCUAGCCAAGUUAAUACGGUGGGCG